AUGGAAGAUGACACAGUCUUGGAGCAAUUAAAUUACACAGGAGUAACAACAUUCAUCAUUGCUGGAUUCACAGGUACUAAGAAGUUACAAGUUAUAUAUUUCAUCACAUUCCUCCUCAUAUAUCUUCUUACACUUUGUGGAAAUGUCAUCCUGCUUAUCACACUAAAGACAGAAUCGGGUCUCCACACACCGAUGUACUUCUUCCUGAGCAAUCUUGCUAUCCUGGAGAUUGGUUACACCACAGUCACUCUCCCUAAGCUUCUAGCAAUAUCCUUAGGAAGAUCUAAGGCUAUCUCUCUAACAGCAUGCCUUGUGCAGUCAUAUUUUUUCUUCUUUUUGGGUUCCACAGAGUGCUUCCUACUUGCUGUUAUGGCUUAUGACCGUUAUCUUGCCAUAUGCAACCCACUGAGAUACUCAACACUGAUGCGCAGUAGAAUGUGUAUCUACUUAGCUUUAGCUUCUUGGGUGACUGGAUUCCUAAAUCCUUGCCCAUCUACCAUCUUAGUUGGCAGAUUGCACUUCUGCGGCAACAUCAUUGACCAUUUCUUCUGUGAUGUCCCUCCACUGCUCAGCCUGUCAUGUACUAACACCUACAUCAGCAGAACCAUCAUCUUCAUCAGUUCAGCUGUCAUAGUAUUAGGAACUUUUCUGUUGACCAUGCUUUCUUAUAUCUGCAUCCUGGCAACCCUGCUAAGGAUGUCCUCAGCAAAAGGACGGCAGAAGGCCUUUUCCACCUGCACUGCCCAUUUGACUGUUGUUUCACUCUACUAUGGAACCGUUAUCUUCAUAUAUGUCAACCCCAGAGGCCAGAACUCAAUGGAAGUUAACAAGGUGGUCUCAUUUAUCUACAGUGUGGUGACCCCCAUGCUCAACCCAAUCAUCUACAGCUUGAGAAAUGAAGAUGUCAAAAAAGCUUUAAAAAAAAUGAUGCUUAGGAGACUCUGCCCUGGAAGACAAACAUUUUAG